AAAUGUGCAAUUAUCACCAACCAUCCAACUGCAAUCCUGGCAACCAGACGCUACAGUUAGUGAGUAGCCGGCGGGGGGGAGAUAACUGCUGGCUAAUCCUCGUCACCUAUAAUUAGCACUCCUUUACUCCCAUUGUCCUCCUGGGCCGUUAUCUCCACACCCCCCCUCUCACUACUCGCCCUGAUCUCCGCUGAGCGCUGUGCAGCCCGGGCAGUGGCGCGCUCGCCGCGGUCUCCUGUGUGUCUGAGCGCUGCUGCGUGUGUACAGCCACAGCCGGCUGCUAGGGACGCUUCUCCUUAGCGACAGGAGCGGCUGCUGCUGCUGUGAUUGGGUCUGCACGCCGCAGGCUGCCAGUUAUAUGUAUAACUAUAAGCAUGGAACUCUGCAUAAUACAGAAUCCCAGCCACCCAUACUGAGAUCAUCCUGAUUAUUAUCACAGCAGCAAGUAUGCAGAACAGGAGGAAAGCCUUUGACAGGCUCUGCCCAAAUAGGAUAGCUGCUUUUCCCAGCAGACUGCAGGCUAAUAAGAAGCAGGACAAGGCUGAGAAAAAGGCAGCAAAGGGGAUAUUUGCAGAGCCCCUUGGCCCAGUCACUAUAUAUGUGGACCCAUCUCGAGGCACGGUAGAUGCAGCGCUGUCCACUAUUGAUUGGCAGGAUCUGGCUGACUGCAACUCUGUCAUACAGCAGGACGCCGCUAGGGGCACUCUCACGCAGCAGGGACAUUGCCUGCAAGGGGGUUCCGACUUUGAUCUGCAGGAAUUCAGAGAUGCUGUGGACAGCUUUAUUGCCGACCAGUCCACUCACAUGCAGAGCGGCAUGGGGACCGCAGACUUCCACCUGCCCCCCUGCGAUGUGUCGGUGUUUGAGCAAUGCAUGCCCCCUGCAAUGCACCCCGGGCAGCUCCUCACUGUGCGGCCGGUCCACACCGACCAGUACUGGAGGGACGUAGCCGAUCACAACCAGAAAGCCCUGGGGGAUGCUCUGGUGCAGAACAACCAGCUGCACGUGACACUGAGUGAAAAGCAGGAGGAGAUACAGUCCCUCAAAGAGAAGAACGACCAGCUUAAAGAGAUCGCUGACCAGGCUCAGCACUUGGCGUCUGUACUGGAUAAGCUGAUGAGUCGUCAGUCCAGAGGUAACGGUCAGCUUUCUCCCGAUGGAUUACUCCCCAGGCCUCCAGUAAAAAGAAGUUUGGAGGAAUUUUACCCACCGAGCAGUGAACAGAGCUGUAAUCAGAUGGACGAGAUAUUACAAGAGAUUUCAAAGAAGUGCAAUAUUACCCACAUGGGUGGGAUCUACAGUGAGGCCAAGCGUCCUAAACUGUAUUCUGAGGAAGGCAUGGACUGCCAAGAAGAGAUCACCACCACUAUAAAAAUGUGUGGCGCGUUUCAUGGCCUGCAGACUUCCACAGUGCAAGCCUCUCUGAACUUGGCUAACACUGAUUUAGAAGAAGAUAUCUCAUUCAAGACCUCUAUCAAGGACCACUGCACAAUACGGACACUCGCCUUCCCCCAGGGAAAUGCGUUUACCAUUAGGACCAAUGGAGGGGGCUACAAGUUUAGAUGGGUCCCCAACUGAAUACAAAUGCAAUCAGCUAACUACACUUCCAAAAUCAGAUUAUGCUGCUGGGUGUCAGAGCUACCACCAGAGGGCGAGCAAUGCUAGCAAAUGACUUGUUGGCUGGACAUGCUGCUAUUCUGCUAUGAACAGCAAAGUUUCUGCCUCUGACAAAUCAGGUUUGCUGUGUAUACUCUUGGACUACUUGUACCCCUUUAGUUUUCAUAUUGUCUGAAUUAACGUGAAAGAAAUCUUUAUCACCCACUAAAACGGUUUCUGUCACUGAAAUGGAUUUUUUUUCUAAACAUUUAUUAAAUGUGCCUUAACAUCCGUUCACCUACAGCAUUGCACUGCGUAAGCUUUAUUAUAGUUGUAGUGAACGCAGAACCUGCCAAGAUGGAAUAAAUAUAAAAUAGGCCCAUCUACACCAGUAUUAAAUUGAAUGCAUUUCUGAAUACUGUAAAUUUACUUUAAAUUGCUCUCAUUAUCUGCCCGCAGCAGUGGCUGCAAUAUUGUGCAUUAAAAUACUGCAUAUGGGUUCACUAGCAAAUAGCAACGAGGUAGCUUGUCACUUUACUAGCAAUUAGUUACAUCACUGAGGCAUGAGGUAUAAGGGGGCAGUGACUUGCGGUGGGGUGAGGCAGAGCCUUUCCUGUCAUGUGCCAGAGAUUUGACUGUAUAAAUUAUAUGUAAAAUACAAAGAAAAUGUUAAAAAUAUCUUCUUUGUAUUAUUCUAAUCAUUUUUAUAAUCAAAUCUCUGGAGUAAAAAGUCUAUGGCAGGUGAGGCACUGCUUAUCUUUUCUGCCCAUCUCUGAUCAAAACUCACAAAAUUUCCAGGUGUUUAUACUGCUGCACCUGUGUAUAAACCCACAUGAGCCAUUUGGCUCAUAUAUUGUGCAUAAAUCUGGCUCUGGUGCUAACCAGUGCCUCCUGAGAAAUUUACCUCACCACACGUCUCUGGAGGAGGCAUGUCAAUGAAUGUUUGUUAAGCCCACAAAAUGGCUGCCUCCACCAGGGCUGCUGGGAAAUCUUUUGGGCUCCAAUACUGUGACCUUGUCCCAUUGAGACUGAGUACUAGUGUAGCCACACCUUGUGGGCGUGGCUGUGCCUCCCUGGCAGACCUGGGUCUCCAUACAUCCCUGUUCUGGCUAAAUUGUACCCGCUCACCCUCUUGGAGCCCCUAGUCUUCACUGUUUUAUACCAUGGAUAAUAACCACCUGUAUUUCAUCAUUUUGGAUUUACAACCACCAUUAUCAUUACAUGUGCAAAGCAGGAUGAGCGUUACAAUUGACACUGCAUGUAAAUCUCAGGCUAUUAUAGGGAUCAAAAGUAACUUUUCAUUGCACUGACCCAAUUCCAAAAACUAUUUAUAUACCCAUGUAAUCAGUUUGUCUUAUUUCAACACAUAAAAAACAAUUGUUGCUGCUUCACAAUGGGGGUAAUUCCAAGUUGAUCGCAGUAGGAAUUUUGUUAGCAGUUGGGCAAAACCAUGUGCACUGCAGGGGACGCAGAUAUAACAUGUGUAGAGAGAGUUCGAUUUGGGUGGGUUAUUUUGUUUCUGUGCAGGGUAAAUACUGGCUGCUUUAUUUUUACACUGCAAUUUAGAUUGCAGAUUGAACACACCACACCCAAAUCUAACUCUCUACACAUGUUAUAUCUGCCCCCCUGCAGUGCACAUGGUUUUGCCCAACUGCUAACAAAAUUCCUGCUGCGAUCAACUUGGAAUUACCCCCCCAAUAUCACUGUCAGUACAGAAUUGCAGGUUGACUUACUUGUAUUUACUGUAAAUAUUUUUAUUGUAGUGUAAAAAUGUAUAUGUAACUUAAAGUUGCCAAUUUAUUUUUUACAUGUCUGACUUUCUAAUGAAAUUUGGUUUAACACUGCAUUAUAGUCUAUUUUUUUGAAAGUUUUCUAAGUAAAAUUAUUUAAACACAUUUAUCUUUGUUUUGACUUUCUUCUGAGCCUUUCUAAAUAUGGCAAAAGUAAAACACAACUCAGUGGGUGUUAUUACAAGUACACAAUCCAAAAUUGUGUCAAGGUAAUAUUUAUCUUUUAACUCAUUGUUAUUAAUUAAU